GAGAACUUGGCAGACUCUCUCCAUGGCCAUCUUAUUCCUCCUCCUUCUGUUUCUACGUGGACCCCACCGGGCUGCUGCAGACAACAUCCAGACCAUCUAUGUAGCCUUGGGGGAGGCGAUGGAGCUGCCGUGCCCCUCACCACCCGCCCUGAGUGGAGAUGAGCUCCUGUCCUGGUUCCGCAGCCCUGCAGCAGGCUCCUCCACUGUCCUGGUGGCCCAAGUGCAAGUAGCCAGUCCAGGCCCAGACCCCGGGAAGCCCACAAGGGUAUCCAGGCUCAAACUGCUGGGGAACUAUUCGUUGUGGCUGGAAGGGUCCAAGGAGGGAGACGCCGGUCGAUACUGGUGUGCCGUGCUGGGUCAGCAACACAAGUACCAGAACUGGAGGGUAUAUGAUGUCUCCGUGCUCAGAGGAUCCCAGCUAUCUGCGAGGGCUGCGGAUGGAUCCCCCUGCUCUGUCCUUUUAUGUUCUGUGGCCCCUGCCAGACGCCUAGACUCUGUGACCUGGCUAGAGGGAAAGGGUCCUGUGAGGGGUCAUGUACAGUCAUUUUGGGGCAAUGGGGCUGCCCUGCUCUUGGUGUGUCCUGGGGACGGGCUCUCUGAGUCCGGGGAACACAGACCAAGAAUCAUCAGCUGCCUCAUGCCUCACAACAAAGGGGUCAGCUUUAGCCUGGCAGCCUCCACUGAGGUCUCCCCUGCCCUCUGUGCCCCUUCCACGGGCUGGGAUGUGUCCUGGAUCCUGAUGCUGUUGCUCACAGUGGGUCAGGGGUUCACCAUCCUGGCCCUCAGCAUCAUGCUCUGCAGACAGAGGGUCCAGGGGAUUCAGCGCAGAGGAAACCACAUGCGAUGCUUCGAGUGCAAAGGAGGCCCCAGCAGCUCCUGCAAAGAAACGGUGGCCACCUGCGGGGAGGGGGAGCGCUGUGGCUUCUUGGAGCGCAAACCCCAGCCGGACCAAGGGCAGAACAAGCUGUCUGGAAACCCCUCAGUGACCUUGAUUCAUCACUAUCCAGCCUGCGUGGCGGCCCAUCAUUGCAAUCAAGUGGAAACAGAGUUGGUGGGAGACGUGACUUACACAACCCACAGGAACUGCUGCGUCGGAGACCUGUGUAACAGCGCUGUGGCAAGCACCGUGGCCCCGCCACGCAUCUUGGCUGCAACAGCCACCACCCUGGCCUGGCUCUUGCCAGCACUGUGGAGAGGCUAGUAGGCUCAGGAGGGGGAAGGAAGGGGAGCAAGGGAGCAAGGGAACA